AUGCUCGCGGACGUAGUGGAGGAACAAGUCCAUUUCCGAUUUUUGCGAAUUUCCGCAUUGGUGGCAGAACCACGAACUGUCGGAUUCGUGCAUGGUGUGGAGUUGACGAUCGAACUCCGAAUAGAGAAUUUUGUCGCAUCCCUGGAAAGAAAAGAAGGCUUCAAUAUUUGGAUUCCGCAUACCCGAAAUAGCCUUCACAUUGCCGGAACGAAGCAUACUCGAUCGAUUCUCAUCACUAAGAUAACGAAUCAAUGGGAAAUCUUUCCGAUCGUCGGCGUAUGGCUCCAUGUUGACAAAAGUUGGAUAGCCGGUCUCUUCGCUAUGCUUAUUGUAAGCCAUAUAGCUGAACCAUUGUUGGAAACAGUGACAAGUCUUACAAGUGACCAGAGUGUCACAUUGCACCAACAUCGAUCGAUGCGUGCAAUCCGAUGGUGUGUGGAGUUGAAGGAUUUUCAAAAGCACCUGUAUCGCGAAAUCCUUCUCGUUCGCCGGUUUAUAAUUCAAAAGUUGAACUGGAACAGCUCCGAUUCUCUGUGCGUGUGUGUAGUGAUGUCCAGUGUGAGUCGAUGUAUGCUUGUAGACGUAAUCGGGAAUCGUCGAUCCGCGAGCACAAAUUUUGCAGAAAUAGAAGAGUUCCGUCUCGUGAGUCAGCUUCAAAUGCUCCAUAAGAGCGAGAUCAGACGGGAAUCGGACGAGACAUGUUCCACAUGCGAAGUGUACUUUCUUGUCGCGAUGCGCUUGGAGAUGGUUCUUGAGUUCGGUGUGGUUGAAGGCGAUUCCACAGCAAUCGGCACAUUAUGCUUCGCCUGCUCCUCAAACGCAAUCGAGCAUUUUCUACACAGGUAUGCUGCUCUCGUAGUCUUCGGAAUACCCUUUUUUUUUCUCAAAUUUCCCACAAUAAUCCCUCUUUACGCUCACUUCUUCACUUCGGCCACCACCGCCAACUCAUCAUCCCCAUUCUCGUCAAUAAUCUCCUUCACUACUGGCUCUCCUCCGCUCAGCGAUUUUCUCACUUCCAACUCCGCGUCGUCUUCGUCAACGUAUUCUGGCGCUUUGACAGUUCCGUAUCCAUCGGACGAUUGUUCAACUCGGACUGAAAAUAUGGUACCAACAUCUACAAUUCUUGGAAACAUCGUUUUGAGACAGGUCUUUGAUCUUAAUGACGUGAAGAAAGAAGAGAAAAAGAGAAGAUUUGGAAUCAACUGGUCAUUGAUCGCAUUCCGUCCGAAAGAUCGUUUUGGACUUGCUCUGAGAGUCGAGGUUCCAGAGAAUUCUGAAGAAUGGUCGAUUCAAGGAGAACUCGAUGUGAAGAUCGCCUCUCCAACAGGAGGAGAGUGGACCAAAUUCAAGGACUUCAACUUCAAUUCUCCGGAAAAUCUCUCGAUUUUGUGCUGUUCGAAGGAAGCCGAUUUUGUGAAGGUAUUCGCUGAUGAUGAGAAAAUGCAAGUGGAGGUCACUGUGAAAGAUUUGAAGAUUUCUGGAAUUGAUCCAAUAAGUUUUGGGGAAGAUGUGAAAACAUCUACCAAUUUCCAACUAGUCGGAGAAGGGAAGAAGUUCUUCGUCAACCCAGAUUUUUUCUCGUCACAUUCGGAAGAAGUGAGGGACUUCUACAUGAUAUAUCCGAAGUUCACAUUUUUCGAUCUGAUUGGACGAAAAGCUGCACAUAUACAGGGUUUCUUGGAAACACUGACGGGAGAAGAUUCUAUCGAUGAUUCCACAGUCGCAGGGAUUCUUGAACUAGCCGAGUAUUUCAGAGCUCCUAUGGCUUUCAAGAAAUGUGAAGAAUUUCUCGUGAAGUACUCAGGAAUUUCGAUGAAAGAUCAAUUGGGACUGGCCAAGAAAUACAAGUUGGAAGACGUCAAAAAGUCUUGCCUCUCGAAACUGAAUACAGUCUCCGAAAUCUCGUCUGCUCUUCCAGACAAUCUCGAAGAGUUGGAUCACUCCGUGAUGGCGUGCCUCUUCCAGAAGUCCAUCUCUCUUCAUGGCCAAUCUAUUUAA